CGUUUCCCGUAACAUUACACACGGAUACCCCGGCGCCAUUGCGAUAGUACGAAGAACCAGUAAUCAGCAUUCCACAACGUUUCUUUCCAACCGCUAAUAAAAAUCAAGAAGAAGAAGAAGCACUCCACUACAUUGACCGCACGAAGAGAACCACGAUGGUGGUGUAUUGUUGGGUUAAAGGGUGUAAAAGCAGAGGCGACAAAAAAGUGAAGAGGAGUUUUCACUACAUCCCCAAAGUCAGAACAACAGAAGGUGAGCAAACUUUGCGACUUAGCAUCGAGCGUCGACGAGUGUGGCUAGCUAAUAUCAGGAGGAAAGAGCAACCUUCCAGUACAUCACGGAUUUGCUCCGAUCACUUUAUUAGCGGCAGACCUGCAGACUUGUACGACAGAUCCAACCCAGAUUGGGCCCCUACCUUGAAGCUGACCAAAGAAGAAACUCCCGAGGAAAUUGAACUAAGAAGGAGACUCUCUGAAGCCAAUUUGAAAAGAUAUCAAAGAGCGAAGUACCGAUCUCACAGAAAGAACAAGAUUAAUGCAGCCACUGCCUUGCUGGAUCAUCACUAUGCGCAGGGAGCAAGCUUCACUGCAUCACCACUUCCUGGUUCAGCUUCAAAGCUUCCCGGUCCUAUCUCAGAUCUUCAUUUUGUCAAAACAUGGAUAGUAAUUCCUCAUGAACGAAUAGUAGCUUCCAAUGAUGAUUGUAUAAAGGGAGAGGUAGUGAAGACAAGGGCUGAAACAAUUAAUCAGAGUGAUGAUGAUGAUGAUGACGAUGAUGAUGAUGAUGACUCGAUUAUUGAAGUAAUCAUCGACUAAUUUUAGUCCAGUUAAAAAUACAGACUGUACAAAUGCUAUUUUCUGAAAAACAACACAGUCGGAGUGGAUACUGAGCUAAAACUGUACAAAAAACGUCUAUAUAUUUUUCAUAUAAGUUGAACAACCUUCUUCACCUGUAAAUAUGUGCUACCUAGAACCUAAAAUAAAAUCUCCUACAUGUUUUGCAUUAUUCCAUUGUUUGGCUAAUCCAAAGAAUUGUCAACAGAUUAGCCUUAAACUGAAUGGAUAAGUCAAGCAGACUGAGCUGAGCUUUUCACAUGUUGACAUUAAAAGUAUUUUUGUAGCUACAAAUGCAUCCUUUGCAACAGUUGAUCACAUGUACACUAAAGGAAUGGUAUGUUAUUGCACUUUAGGCAAUAAAAUGCUUAUUUCCUUGUUUAAAAAUGAAUUUAAUCAAUUUGUUUAUUUGCAUUGUUUAUGUAUUUUUAAUGUUACACGAACUACCAGAACCGUAGGGCUCACUGCAUUUCCAGAUUUUCAAUAUUGAAUGUUUAUAACCUUUUUCAAUCUUAACUUUACUAGAGAUCAGAUGAUCCAAAACUGACCUCUUGUUGUUACACUGUCAAGUAAUAAAAAGUUUUCACAUGCUUUUAUUUAACGAAGAUGGAAGCCAACUGA